CCAAAGCAAAGCGGUUGUGUUUUGUGUGUAUCGUACUCGUGGUUGUGGUGAUACCGCGAUAAUUUUCCUCAACAUUUCUCACGUUUAUCAAAAUUAAAAACAAGAAAUUCGAAAAAAAACAAAAAUCUAAUUAGAAUUUUUGCACUCGGUGUCGGAAGUGUGCAAAACAAUCAAGUGAACAAGUGCAAAUUCAAAAUCAAAAUCUAAUCCAUAACCAACAACAAGAGCAUAUUAUAGAGAAAGACUAGAAAAGUAAAAAUGGGAUUAUUGAGUGAAGGAAGUCCUCUGUCUUGGGAGGAAACAAAAAAGCUAGCCGAACAUGUGCGUCAUCAUGGCAUUGAGCAGUUUAUAAAUUUGUACCACCGAUUAAAAGAUCGUCAGGGGGACAUUCUUAAAUGGGGUGAUGAGGUUGAAUAUAUAAUAGUAAAGUUUGAUGAUCAAAAUAGAGUGGCUAGAGUCUCGCUAAGAGCCCAAGAACUGCUUGAGAAGCUAAAUGAGAAGGAGCUCGCCAAUCCAGAUGGCGUGAAAUCUUUGUGGCGACCUGAAUAUGGAGCCUACAUGAUCGAAGGUACACCAGGCAAGCCAUUUGGGGGUUUGCUAGCGCACUUCAAUCUUGUCGAAGCAAAUAUGAGAAAUCGUCGUGAAGAGGUUACUGAAUUGCUUAAGGAAGACGAAUGUGUUAUGUCGAUUACAAAUUUCCCACGUCUCGGUUGUCCAUCGUUCACACAUCCAAUUUGUAGUCCAAAUCCGGACAAUGUGGAAGGUGCGGCUCGAUCGUUAUACUUUCCAGAUGACGCUAUAUUCCCGGGGCAUCCUCGUUUUAAGACGCUUACACGAAACAUUCGUUUGCGUCGGGGGGAAAAAGUCAAUAUUAAGUUGAAUGUUUUCAAGGAUGUUAACACAAAAACUCCGGUAGAAGGUAGUCCUGCUGGUUCACCAGAUAUCGUGCAUCUUGAUGCUAUGGGCUUUGGCAUGGGUUGUUGUUGUCUCCAGGUGACUUUCCAAGCCUGUAACAUAGUCGAGGCACGGACAUUGUACGACCAAUUGACGCCACUCUGUCCUAUAAUGCUGGCCUUAACUGCCGCUUCGCCAAUAUAUCGAGGCUAUCUUACCGAAUCGGACUGUCGCUGGAAUGUCAUAAGUGCAUCUGUCGAUUGUCGUACCGAGGAAGAACGUGGUCUUGCACCUCUCAAAGAGAAUAAAUUUAGAAUUCAAAAGUCAAGAUAUGAUUCUAUUGAUUCGUUCCUAUCGCCAGAAGGUGAAAGAUACAAUGAUGUGCCUUUAGUUUAUGAUGAAGCUGUCUAUCAACGCUUGCGUAGUGGAGGAAUCGAUCAUCUAUUAGCGCAACACGUAGCUCACUUGUUCAUUCGGGAUACAGUAUCUCUGUUCAGUGAGAAGGUUGAUCAGAAUGACGAGGAAGACACAGAUCAUUUUGAGAACAUUCAAUCGACCAAUUGGCAGACAAUGCGUUUCAAACCACCACCACCGAAUUCGCCGAUUGGUUGGCGAGUUGAAUUCCGACCGUGUGAAGCUCAAAUGACAGAUUUUGAAAAUGCUGCAUUUGUAUGCUUCGUUGUCCUUCUCACAAGAGUCAUACUUUCCUAUCAAUUGGAUUUCCUAAUUCCAAUUAGCAAAGUAGACGAAAAUAUGCAAACAGCUCAAAAACGUGAUGCUUGCCGCAAAGAGAAAUUCUGGUUUAGAAAAUCAAUUAAAAAAACUAAACCAUGUAGUGAACAAGUUAACGGACACGGUAGUUGUAUAGAUGAAUACGAUCGCUUAUCGAUAGAUGAGAUAAUAAAUGGAAAGACUGAUGGCUUUCCAGGACUCAUUCCACUUAUCAAAAGUUACCUACAAUCAAUGGAAGUCGAUGCCGAUACCCAUUGUACUAUUGAGCAGUACUUACGCUUGAUACAGAAGCGAGCUUCUGGAGAGUAUACCACAACUGCCACGUGGAUGAGAGAAGAAGUUCUUAAUCAUCCAGAAUACAAAAAAGACUCAGUUGUCAGUGAUCACAUCAACUAUGAUCUCAUGAUGAAGGUCAAACAAAUACAAGAAGGCAAACUUCUAAUCCCAUCGCUCCUGGGACAGGGAAAUAAUUCCAAAACAAAAGAUUCCAUUCCACCGGCAUUACAAAAGCAUUUAGCCAAGGGUAAUUGUGAUAAAUGACCUGCAACGCAAUCAUCACCAUCCUCAUCGUCAUCACAUUCAACACUUCUUGGUCAACAUUGUAAUACCAACAUUUUUACAACACAAGCACUUACAACUUAAAAUAUUUAAAUAUAAAUACAAAAAAGAUAUAUGUAUGUACAACAACAAUGCUCUACUAUGGAAGCCGGACGCUAUUGUGCAUUUACGGAGUUUGGAAAUUAAAAGCGGCGUGUGAAAAUGGAUGGAAAUGAAAUUCUGUAAAAUAAAAUUUCAAAGAAAAAUAAUAAGGUGCAUUAGAUGAUAUUGUAACGCGGUUUUGUAUUUAAUUGAUAUGAGUCGGUUUAAGAAAUUAUAUAUUUCAAAUUUUAUGUAAAAUAAAAACAAAAAUUAACUAAAAUAAUAAAAACAAAACAAAAAUAGUAUAGCUUGAAGCUGAUGUUCGCAAAUGAGA